AUGGAAGCUAUUACACAACUCAAAAAAUUUAUUGGUCAUCAUUUUAAUGUGAAGAGUUUUCAUAGGUAUAUGAUCAACAAUGACAUCUCAGACAUUGAAACCCUGAUUAAAUUUUGUUAAUUGGACAAUACUGGAUAGAGAUUCAAUUUAUGGAGAUUGUUUUUUAACGUCUACACAUUAGAAGACACUGUCUAUGAUAAGAUAGCCAAGUUAACCAAAACAAGAGAGACCUAUAAAUAAUUAGAGCAAAAGCAUUCAAGAUCUUAAGAUGUGUCAUCAACAACUAAAAUUGAAGAUUAACCUAAAAAAGGUCCAUUGGGUGGACCAUUAGGAGGUCCUUUAGGUGGUCCAUUAGGUGGCGGAUCUAAAAUAAAGGCAUCAACUUAAAAUCCAAUGGAAGAUGCUGAAUUAAGAAAUGAGAUAAGAAAGGAUGUCGAAAGAACAUAUCAAGAGAUUCAAUUUUUUGCUAAUAAAAAAGUAUUGCAAAUCUUGACAAGUGUAUUGUUUAUAUGGAGCAAAGAAAAUAGUGAAAUUUCAUAUAGAUAAGGGAUGAAUGAGGUUGCAGCUUCUUUGAUUCACGUGUAUUUCCAAGAAGCUCUUUACUCAGAUGAAAUUGAUAAGAUUCAAGGAGCAACAGAGGAAGACAAGCAAAUCUUGCUAGAAUUUAAUUCAUGGGAAUAUGCAGAAGCUGACAUCUACACUCUAUUUUAGAAAUUGAUGAAUGAUGCACAACAUAUGGAAAUGUUCAGACCCAAUUAUACUGAAGCUUAAAAAAUAAAAUUGCAAAGCAAAAAGCCAAGUGCCAUUUUGACAAGAGUCUCUAAAAUAUAAGACAUUCUAUUGAAAUAAGUUGAAAUGCCUAUGUUUAGACAUCUCAAAUUGUUGCAAGUGGAAUUCCAAAUAUUCUUAUUAAAAUGGAUAAGAUGUAUGUUUACAAGAGAAUUACAUUUAUUAGAAUCAUUUAAAGCUUGGGAUGCAAUUUUCUAUGACUUUUAUGAAUAAAAAACAGAAACAUUGUUCUUUGUUGACUGCAUAGCAAUUGCAAUGAUAUUGUAUGUUAAAUAACCAAUAAUGGAAAUGGAAGAUUCCAGUUAAUGUUAUCAAAGGUUUCUCAAAUAUCCACCAGUUUCUAAUUUGCCAGCUCUACUUGAGUCAGCAAUAAAUGUGAGAGCUAUCUUAUUGAAUUAAAAGUCUGCAACUAAUUUAGACGAUUAAAAUGAAUCAAAUCAGCCCUCUAUAUAUUCAGAUAGACAAUUCAACCCUGUUUUUUUUGCUUAAAUCACAGACAAAGUGGAUGGAGUGGAUGCUAAGGUUGUUAAGAUUACUUCUGAAAAACCACAAUUUAGAAUGAAGGGGGAUGUAGAUUUAGUCUACAAAGAUGAAACCUCUCCAGAUAAAUCAAAUUAAAAUCAGUAAUAAUUUAUUAAUCCCUUAUAACCAAAGUAAGUACCUCAACAAUAAAAACCACAGCAAUUCUAUCAAUAGUAAUAACCUUAAUAACAAAUACAGUAGUAGUAAUCUUAACCAUCAAAUUAAACAACCUAAAGUAGCAAUUAAUCUUCAAUUACUACCAAUUUCUUCGAUUCUAGUUUAUCUAGUACAAAUACUAAAACUAUUAAAACAUAAUUCUAAGUAGAAGAGCAAUCUCAAUAAGUUAAAAAAGAUAAAGCAUCAGCUCCAGUGAAGAAUGCUAUUUCGAUCCCAAUUUCAUAGGCUGAAGAGAUGUUUAACACCUUAGAAGAGACUCUAAAGUUCAUGAAAUCAUUUAAAGAUAAUUCAAACUAUUAGGAUUUGAUAAGGAACUUGACAGAAAUGAAAGAUUAUUUUGAAACUUCGCUUAAUGAUAAUUCAUCGAGUUAAUAAUAAAAUUAAUAGGAUGAUAGUAGUUUAUCUAAUAAAGUAAUAGGAUUCCUAAAGAAAAAAAAGUGA